CAAUCACCAGAAACUUUCCUAACGCAGACUUGUAAGAUGGCGACCGCCGAACCGGAAACCAACCCGAGUCCAUCCCAUCGUGAUGAAGAUGAAGCUGAAGCUGAAGCUGAGGCUGAGGCUGAGGUUGAGGCUGAGGUUGAGGAGAGCGGACAGGAAGUUGUGAGCCCGGAGGCCUACAUCAAACACCCACUUCAGAACAGGUGGUCUCUGUGGUUCUUCAAGAAUGACAGGACCAAAACAUGGCAGGCCAACCUGCGACUCAUCUCAAAAUUUGACACAGUUGAAGAUUUUUGGGCUCUCUACAAUCACAUCCAAUUAUCAAGCAACCUCCUGUCUGGCUGUGACUACUCUCUUUUUAAGGACGGUAUAGAGCCCAUGUGGGAGGACGAGAGGAACAAGCGUGGUGGACGUUGGCUCAUCACACUUAACAAACAGCAGAGAAAACAAGAACUGGAUCGCUUCUGGCUGGAAACUCUCCUGUGUUUAGUCGGAGAGGCCUUCGAUGAUUACAGCGACGACGUCUGCGGAGCUGUAGUCAACAUUCGUAACAAAGGAGAUAAAAUAGCCGUCUGGACAUCCGACUACGAGAACCGGGACGCUGUAACACACAUAGGGAGAGUUUACAAGGAGCGACUGGGGCUUCCGAUGAAGAUGACGAUCGGCUACCAGUCUCACGCAGACACGGCUACCAAAAGCGGUUCAACCACCAAGAACAAAUUUGUUGUUUGAGAAAUGCCCCCUCUGUGCCUCUUUUCAUUAUCCUGUCGAAUUUGUUGUUGGUUCAUACGUUUACUUUGCUGCAAAGACUCUGCGAUAUGCAAUCUGGAGAAAGAAAACGAUUCUUCAUGCUAAAUUCCUCAUAGUCACCCCAGCACGUAGAAAAACACGUACAACAAACGACAAAUAGUUGACACUAACAAUGAGAGGUAUCGAUUGUGGAUAACAUUUAGUGUGCUUCAUACUCUGCUAAAUAAUUUACUUUGAUUCUUGGUUUGUUCUGUUUUUGAAUGGCAGGGAAUUAUAAAAUGCAAAAAUUGUAUAUUUCUCA